AUCCUGCAUAUAAGCACAAAUCUUCCCAAGCCCACCAAGCUCUAGAAGACCCAGGAAUGGCCCAUCAGUGGUCUCCCAGCCCCAUAAGCCCCUCCAGGUUCUCCUAGCCACCCCAGCGGUCUCCCUGUCCCGUGGUGUUAGCCACCAGAGAACGGUUCUAGUCGUGUGCGACUCCAUCCAGUCAGUAAAAAAUCUUCAACUGUUCCACCAACACCAUCCACACCCAAAAUGGCCAAGUACACUGAAGAACAAUUGAUUGAGCUCAAAGAAGAAGCCUACGUUCCACAAGAGGGAAUUUUGGAGGCGUUCAACCAGAUGGUCGAGCAAGUCCGCGAACACGCCGCCGCCGAGUACGAAAAGCACAAGAGUAUCAAAUGGGGUAACGGAGACACCUACAUCGAUGAAAACGGAAACGAGCGUUCCUACAACCAUUUGAACCGUAGAAGAGCCUCCAGAUCCAGUGGCAACAAAAACCCACGUAAGAAGACCGGCGAGCAGCAGGUGGAUGAAGACGGAUGGGCCACCUUCAGCAAGGCCAAGAAGUCGUUUGGUGCUGAAGAUGAGGACGACAGACAGUCCUUCAGACAGGCAGUCAAGGACGGUCUGAUUGGUCCUAACAACGCCGUCAGAGUCAAGCCCAACAACAAGAACUUGGGCUCGUCCAAGGCUGUGGAUCCCAGAGACGCCAUUGCUGACAAGCACACCAACACUUUUAACGCUUUUGAAGCUUUGGGGGAUGACGACGAUGACGAAUAGUUGAUAAUAGGUUAAUAAUACGAGGGAGCUAGCCGUCUAGCGACCAGGCAGGACUUUACGGUGUCUUUGUAGAGGUGGUCUGCC